UUUUUUCACUUCACAUAUUCACUGAACUCUUACCAGCUCUCUCUUUAUCCACUCUUGUUUCUCUCAGACAUUUUCUCCUUUGAAGCAAACAAAGAUGGGGAAGGAGAGAAUUAAGCAGAAUUCACUAAUUCUAUGGGCUGCUGUUUCUGCAUUGCUCGUGCAGAAUUUGGUAGUUCCGGUCAUGUCUAGAGCUUCUUUUGAUGAACAAAAAACCUAUUAUUCUCCUCCUGAUCAUACCGGAACUCCCCCGAGUACAGAUUUACACACACCUCCAUCUCAUGGUUCAGGAGGUCAUGGUCAUGGUCAUGGAACACCUUCGCAUGGAAGCGGUAGCCAUGGAGGAAAACCACCAUCUGGGAACUGUGAUAACCCGGAGCCCCCUAGUGGAGGGCAUCACCAUAACCCUACCCCAUCCCCUCCUUCAGGAGGUGGUUAUAAUCCCUCUCCUCCAACUCAUCAUCAUGGUAGCCCUCCAAGUACACCAACACCUAGUACCCCCAGUAUACCAACACCAACCACCCCCUCCACACCACCUACAACUCCUGACCCUGGCACUCCAAGCACUCCAGGGGGUGGUGGCUACUAUCCUUCCCCUCCAAGUACUUCAACACCUAGUACACCAUCCACCCCUCCCACACCUACCAUUGAAACACCACCUACUCCUACUGUUGACCCUGGCACUCCAAGCACUCCAGGUGGGGGUGGUUACUAUCCUUCCCCCACACCUACUACCCCUUCUACACCAACCACCCCCUCCACACCUACCAUUGAAACACCACCUACUCCUACCGCUGACCCUGGCACUCCAAGCACUCCAGGGGGUGGUUACAAUCCUUCCCCCACACCUACUACCCCUUCCACCCCUACCAUUGAAACACCACCUACUCCUACAGUCGACCCUGGCACUCCAAGUACUCCAGGGGGUGGCUACUAUCCUUCCCCUACACCUACUACCCCCACUACACCUACCAUUGAAACACCACCUACACCUACUACCCCCACUACACCUACCAUUGAAACACCACCUACACCUACCAUUGACCCCGGAACUCCAAGCACUCCAGGGGGUAGUUACUAUCCUUCUCCUACACCUACUACCCCCACUACACCUACCAUUGAUCCAGGCACUCCAAGUGCUCCGGGUGUCUUUCCAAUUGACCCCAACUCACCACCUUUUACAUGCAAUUACUGGAGGACUCACCCGACGCUGAUAUAUGGCUUGUUUGGCUGGUUGGGAAGUGUGAGCAAUUCAUUUGGCGUGGCUAGUGUUCCAGGGUUUGGUUCAAACAUGAACUUGCUGCAAGCACUUUCCAACUCUCGUACCGAUAGCUUUGGGGAUCUCUACAGGGAAGGGACAGCUUCUUUAUUGAACUCCAUGGUGAGCAGGAGGUUCCCCUACACUACCAACCAAGUCAGGGAUAGUUUUAUUUCAGCACUCAGUUCAGACAAGUCAGCAGCAGCUCAGGCACAGCUGUUCAAGUUGGCCAAUGAGGGGCGGGUCAAGCCCAGAGCUUGAGAAAUAAGUCGUGAUUUCUUUUCAAAAAUGUCGAUUUAUCAAUUUAGAGUUUCAUAGUGUCAUCAGCUGUGUGUUUACUUAAGAUUGAAUACUAGUAAUGUUUUUUUUCUCUCUAUGCUUUUGUAUGUUACAACAUUAUUAAGAGGCUAUUAGGAUACCAACUUUCUGUUUAAUCAGUUAUAAGUCAGACCUGACUUUGUUGAUGUAGGCUAUAUUUGCAUGGGUGAAUUCCACGUUCCAAUUUGACA